UCGGCUAAAAAUGGCGGACGACGUAGAGGCACUCUUGCUGGAAUUGGGAAAGCUAGACAGCAACAUAUUUCUCUAUGAAAGAGACAAUAUUCGAUGCUUGCCUAUGGCUAGAUGUGGCCGGCUUGAUCCAGAAGAUUUCAUUCAAAACUAUAAACGUGCUCUGGAAGAAUACGAUGCAAUUGCAAAGGAGGGUCCUUCUCAAGGUUUCAACGUGGGUGAUGCAAAAAAUUUGAGCCAUGAUGAGUUGGAGAAGAUCACUAAUAGGUUCUGUGAAAAGAAUUUUAUCCAGCACAUUGGAUAUGGCAGAUUGUUCCGGGGGUUUAUAGAUGACGGUGAAGGAAUGCGGGAGGUUACUGUCAAAACAUCGGAUUUUAUCUUUCCUGGGGUUAUAAGCUAUGAUUCGUAUCCACGAAAAUUCCGGGACGAAAUUGUAUUACUUGAAAGGUCAGAAUUUAAGUCUCAUCCUUGGUUGAUGAAGUUGAUUGGCUUUUGUUUUGACAAGAAGCUCGCUGUAGUUUAUGAUAUGAAGUUCAAGACACCCUUGUGGGAUGCAGUUCGUUCUGCUGAAUUUGGGUGGAAGGAGAGAAUGAAGGUGGCAACUGAUUAUGCACUGCUCCUGAUAACAUUAAGCCGGAAGCAGUUCGAUGUUUGGUGUAAUGGUUGUACUGAUAGUAUGAUGGAUGAGGUCUGAAAUGCUAUUGCGUGUCUCUCAGUGUCAUAUACCCUGAUUCCUACCUUGAGAAUAUCUCCUACGUGUUGUCUAUUUAUUUUUUCGAUGCAGUAAUAUAACACUAAGCUGUUGGACUUUAGAGUCCAUGCAUUCCCGCAGACACUUGGGGUUUACAAUUCUGCCACUGCCUCAGGUAUCUGUGCAUCUUUAUUAC